CAGUACUUACCUUUAUUUCGAACCCUUUCUAGGCUUUGGCACAUCUUAAAUAUCGUAUAUAAUUCGUUCAAGUUUACUUUUUCUUAAGUCUAUAAGUACUGUAAUUAAAUUAGACACACAAUUAGAACUUUGCAAUGGCAUCGAGAACUAUUGAGGUUUCUUGUAAAGCUCUUACAAAGAUCCAAUUACAUGCUGCAAAAUAUCCACAUUGUGGAGUAAAUGGAGUCCUGCUUGCAUGCAAACAUUCAUUUACAGAAAGCAAAAUAUUAAAUUUUGUGGACGCUGUGCCAUUGUUUCAUCAAGCAUUGCAAUUGACACCAAUGCUUGAAAUUGCUCUGAUGAAUAUUGAUUCCUAUUGCUCAUCUCAUGGACUUUACAUAGCUGGAUACUACCAAGCACCAAAGUAUUUGAAAAAAAAUAAUGAUUCGCCUGGAAUCUUUACAUGUCGAAUUGCAGAUAAAGUAAAGGAGAAUUUCGGUGAAUCUGUUCUUGUUAUUAUUGACAAUCUGGAAGUUCCAAAUAACAAGUCAUUGAAAUUUUACGAGCGAGCAUCUGAUGCUAAAUGGAAGCCACGUCAAUCUUCUGUUUCUUUCGAGGAUGGAAGUGAAGAUGCCUUGCAGGACUUUCUAGACCGGAAUGUUCAUAAAGAUUUGGUAGAUUUUGACAAUCAUCUUGAUGACAUUUCUUUGCAUUGGUUAAACCAUGAUAUCAACCAAUUAAUUGUGAUGAAAUGACAAUGUCAGAAUGCGGAAUUAGUAAGAAUAUGAUAGCUGAUGAUUUGCAUUAAAACUAGAAUCACAUACAAAUGAUAAUGCUGAGCAACAUUUUUUGUUUUGAAUUUUCCCAUUAAAGGGAGUCUAUAUGAUUUCACAUUUAAAUUUCAUUCAUUAGUUCUCUAGCAGGUGAUAUAAACUUGUUGAAUUUCUCAUUUUUCUCAAAGUCUUGGAACAUUGAUAUUCAAAACUAGUUCAGUAUUUUGUUAUAUCAUUUCAUCAUAAUAUGCAUUGCAAAAAUCACAUUUUGCAUAAAGUGGUAUCCUUGUCUGCUGUUGCAGUAAUUUCUCAUUGAAAUGUUAACUAAAUGCUUUUCAUGGUACUAUCUGUCAUGUUAUGUUUUUAUUGAAUAAUAAUUGAAUAUUUAUUGUGUUGUGGUGUCAGUUUGAUAGAAAUAGAAUACUUUUUUUGAUGUUAUUAUUUUUGCUGCUUGAAUUAUCUAUCAUAUGUCCCACGUGCAUUAUACAAAAGUCAAAAUGUGAAUAUUAAUAUUGUUAACUGCAGA